AUGACCUUCCAAGAAACAGAGACAUUAACUAGCGAAUUCUCGCAGCUAAAAAAGCUUCGCAGUGAUCUCAAAUUGCUUGUAUGCCUGACUGGUCCCAACAGCGCCUUCACCACUCUAGUUUCCUUGCCCGAGACUAUCUCCAGCCUGGCAAAUGACUCAUUUGCUUAUCUGAAAAAGUACAGCUUGGAUGGCAUUGAUAUUGACUGGGAAUUUCCCACAUGGAGCCCAGACGCUCGUAGAGGUGAUAGAGAAAAGUUUCCUUUGCUGUUAAAAGCUCUUCGCCACAAAUAUGGAGCAGAGUUUCUCAUAACGCUCGCAGUUGCUGGACCACCGACAAUCACUAAAGUGGCCUAUGACGUGCCUUCCUUUAACAAGUACGUCGAUCUAGUGCAGGUGAUGAACUAUGAUUACCACAUCUACUCAUAUCGCUAUCCAGUUGUUGGGUUCAAUGCUCCCCUAAGAAAACUGAAAACAGAAUUAGGCGUGCUUGGAGAAAUGAAUUCGGAAGCUGCAAUGAAAACGUACUUCAAAUUAGGACUUUGGAAAAAUAAGACGGUUUUUGGAAUCCCUUCGUAUGGCAGAGGCUAUCGUUUACUUAAUUGGAAAUUGCAUAAGCCAUACUCAUUUGCUACACAAGCUGUAAACGACUAUGCUAAUUUUGCAGAUUUGUGUAAACUGUUAAAUGAUCAUGAACGAUACACUUAUGUGUGGAACGACAGAGCCGCAUCACCUUACAUUUAUGUAUAUGAACAUAGCUUAUGA